AUGGCUGGGGUUCUGGAAAACGGUCCUUCUAUCAUGAGAGAAGCCUCUCUUCACAGCCAAGGGAAUAAAGGCCUCUUUUCACAGAUGGAGGUGACUCAGUGGAAGGGGCAGGAGAUGGAAGAGCAGGACCCAGGAGGGCCUGGAACUGGCAAGACAACAAGCAAAAGCCCCCUUCUCCUCCAGGCUGGGAGUGGUGUUGCAUUCUGGGAAAGAGCUGUGCCAGAGACCCUGGCUGAGGACGCCAAGACCUUAGAUGUACACUGCCAACACUUCCGGCAGUUUUGCUACUAUGACGCUGAUGGGCCCCGAGAGAUGUGUGGACAAUCCCUGAAGAUAGAAGCAAGAUCCCCUGAAGCAGAAGGUGCUUCUUUGGAGCAAGAGGAGAGAUGGCAAGCGCAUGAAGAUGUCCAAGAUACCCUCUCCUUUGGCAGUGAAGAGAUGUUGUUGAGACCUCGUCUUUUCAGAGAUGUGGAGAAGUCCGCUGCACCUGCAGUCCAGAUGCGUGGACAAUCCCUGAAGACAGAAGCGACAUUCCCUGAGGCAGAAGGAACUUCCUUGGAGCAAGAGGAGAGAGGGCAGGCCCAGGAAGAUGUCCAAGAUACCUUCUCCUUUGCAGAGUGUGGAAAGAGAUUCACUCAUAGAGGCAGUCUUAAAGAGCAUAAAAGAGCCCACACAGGGGAGAAACCUUUUGAAUGCUCAGAGUGCGGAAAGAGAUUCACUCACAGAGGUGGUCUUAAAGUGCAUAAAAGAGCCCACAUAGGGGAGAGGGAGAAACCUUUUGAAUGCUUACAGUGUGGAAAGAGAUUCAGUCAGAAUAGCCAUCUACAAGUUCAUAAAAGAAACCACACAGGAGAGAAACCAUUUGAAUGUUCAGAGUGUGGGAAGAGAUUCAGUCAGAGUAGCCAUUUUCAAGAACAUAAAAGAACCCACACAGGGGAGAAACCAUUUGAAUGCUCAGAGUGUGGGAAGAGAUUCAUUGGGAGUGGUAGUCUUAAGCGGCAUAGCAGAACUCACACAGGGGAGAAACCUUUCGAAUGCUCAGAUUGUGGAAAGAGAUUCAGUCAGAGUUCUAGUCUUCAACUGCACCGAAGAACCCACACAGGGGAGAAACCUUUUGAGUGCUUAGAGUGUGGAAAGAGAUUCAUUGCUAGGGGGAAUCUUCAGCUGCACCAGAGAAGCCACACGGGGGAGAAACCUUUUGAGUGCUCAGUGUGUGGAAAGAGAUUUCGUUGUCCUGGCUGA